AUGGCCUCUUUUACCAACCUACCCCCAGAGAUCAGGAAUGCUUGUUACGAUGAGCUCCUGAGCGGUGAGAACAACUCUCAGCAUCGCAUCCCACAUGAGCUAGCGAUGUUCUCCGUCUCCAAGCUGGUUCAUGAAGAAUCAUCAUCUUACUUUUACCAACACAAUGUUAUCGCCGUCGAUAUACCCUCGGCCAACGACCGACAUCGCCUCCCAUCCUCCCGCCCAUUGCCCGACAAGUAUCUUCGAUAUCUAAAGCGGCUGCAUCUCCAUGCACUUACCGGUCCGCCCACCUUGCAGCAGACACACCAGGCAGCAACCGCGAUCGCAGCCCUAGCAUGCGUUGGCGCACGAUUCGACGAGCUCAAUCUGUUCAUCGGGUCGCGACUAUCUCAUGUCCUGAACUCUCGUGUGGACGACUCCAUCAUGGGCGGCUCCCAUCCCAUUACCACAGCGAUCCGAAAUGUCCUCCUGAGCAAUGUCGCCAAAGUCUAUCGCAUAGCCUUGGAGUCUGCUUGGGCCGAGUUCGGUGCCUGCCUAGAAUUUUAUUCGGGCGGAACCCCUGCGCAUGACUUCGCCCUACUCGAACGCCAAACCUCCGGUCGCUAUUCCAGCGCACACCUGUCUAGCUUGGGACUGACCGAUGAGGAAACCUCGGACAUGCAACUCGACGCAAAUUCAAUCUCACCUGCAUCCACCCCAUCUUCACUUCCCUCGUCCCUCUGCUCGGCAUUCGCAGAUCUCGACACAUUCUCCGUGUCUUCAUUCGAGCUUGGAUCCGAUGGUAAAGAAGACGAAGACUGCGAUGAGUCAUUCGCAAAUGACAUCGACACAAGCCAACAGCCAUUCUUCACCGAGGACGAUAUUGAAGAGUGGUCCGCCUUCGCCCAGGAAGAGCAGGAAAAUGGGGAGGAUGUGUUGGAUGAUCUGGAAGGUCUUGACGGAGACGAUGAAAUGGAGGACGUGUCACAGGAGGAGUCUCGGGCUUUCAUGCGCAAUCUGAAGGAGGUCGCUCAUCAUAUUGCAAAUGACGAAGAUGUCACUUACAUGACUAACUUCGCACCUGACUUGCUGCUGAGUCGACACCACCUAGGUCAUCUUGUGUGA